CAACACCAUCACAGAAUCACCGUCACAUGCAUCCUUUUCUAUUCCCACGCAAGUCCCUCUCUCUCUUUCUCUCUCUUAAAAAGCAAGCAACACUCAGAGAGAGAGAGAGAGAGAGAGAGAGGCAGAGAGUGUAAAAGCAAAAAGUAGCAGAAGAGGUGGUGGCCACUGCCGUGAGUGGUGGUGGGGCUUAUCCCCUUUCACUAUUUUCCGAAUUCCCUCCCUAUCAUAAAGAAAACCCACCAAAACGCCACCCCAGGAUGACCUCCAGACCCAUCACCACCUCCGCCAACGGCACUCACCACCACUACUACCCGCCCACAUCCUCCUCCUCCUCCUCCUCCUCCGCCUCCUUCCGCGGCUGCUGCUGCUGUCUCUUUCUCCUCUUCUCUUUCCUCGCCCUCCUCGUCCUCGCCGUAAUCCUCGUCAUAGUCCUCGCCGUCAAACCCAAAAAACCCGAAUUCGACCUCCAGCAAGUUGGGGUCCAAUUCGUGGGCAUUAGCCCCACCACCGCUUCCUCUGCCGCCGUCUCCCUCAACGUCCACAUGCUUUUCACCGCCACCAAUGACAACAAAGUUGGAAUCAAGUACGGCGAGUCCCGGUUCACCAUCAUGUACCGAGGAAUACCCCUCGGACGGGGCACGGUUCCCGGAUUCUAUCAACCUGCCCACAGCAUUAGACGGAUCGAAACCACCAUUGCCGUCGACCGUGUGAGCUUGCUUCAAGCCGACGCCGCCGAUUUGGUGAGAGACGCCUCGUUGAACGACCGGGUCGAGUUGAGGGUCGUCGGUGAUGUCGGGGCGAAGAUCCGGAUUCUGGGGUUCACUUCACCCGGUUUGCAGGUGACGGUGGAUUGUGCAAUAGCCAUCAGUCCCAGAAAGCAAUCCUUAAUCUCCAAGCAGUGUGGAUUUGAUGGCCUCAGCGUAUGAUUCAGACUCACCAAUUUCCUCCAACCACACACUAAUCUCACCCUCCUACUCACCUUCUCUCAACAAAACCCUGGAGAAUUUCACAAAGUGAAUUUCCCACGUGUAAAACAAUUGAGAAAAGAGCUGCCAAUUUGGAAAGAUCUCAUGAGCCGCUCUCUGUUGUCAGUGGAAUGCCUACUUAUUAUACUUACUACUAUGAGAGCAGGAUUUUUGCGACCUUUGGUUCCUCUCUGUUGUAAUUAAUUAAUUCAAAGUUUUGUCGACUCUGCUUGCUUCUUCAUGUCUCAUUCCCCGUACUCUGAUUUACCGACUGUCUGAAGAGGGGAAUCUGGUACGGGUUGCUUUGUGUAUGAUAAUUGAAUGUGCCUCCACAUCCUGAGUUGGCCAGUUGUGGGGAGUUUAGGGUUU